AUGAACGAUACGAAUAAUGAAACUAGUGUCAUGAAAGAAACGCCAAAAGCGUUAGCAAAAAACGAAAGUUUGCAAAAAAGUGCUACGAAAUCGGUGGAGGAACACUGGAUGGAGAUACGAAAUAAAUUAAUUUUUGAGCCAAAAAAGGCAGUUGUGCAAAUGAUCCCACCUAUAUCAACUAUCAACGUUACUAGCAAUAUCAUGGUAAAUCCGGAUGGACUACUAGAAAGUGAGGGAACAUCAACUACUUCUACGCUGUCGCCUGAAAAGCUGACUGAUGCAGAAACGACUUUAUCCCUUAACACCACGCACAAUCCUUCACCAAAAAUAGAUGUGACAACGAUGGGAGUCACAGAAGUGUCGACAAGCACGGCUCCAACAGCAACAGCCACAACUAGCGAAAAGUUUAAUUUUACCCACAUGUCAGAAACAAAUAGCACUAAGGAGAAUGCGACUUCAGAAACAACCACAUCUAUAGUACCACUAAGCAGUGAGACUUCAAAAGCGGUUGAUGUGCAUGACAACACUGUAGAAACGACGAACAGCAGCAGUUCAAUAGCUAAUGUAGAAAACUGCUUUGAAGUAAUCGAUGGUUUUUCCAUGACUGGUACUGCUGGGGGAUUGGAAAAUAACUUAAGUGUUGAACAAUGUAUGUGCCUUUGUGCAAACAGCAGAACAAUUGGUUCAUUCGGUUUUCAAUGCGAAUCAGUGACGUAUUAUCACAAGGAGCGUGAUUGUGUGCUAAAUUUGGAGAAUAGAAAACAACGGCCAGAACUGUUUGAGAAAAAUAUGAAAAAGGAAUACCAAAUGAGUUAUAUUGGCUUGACUUGUUCUCCAGAGAAAGCAAUACAGCAAUUUUCAAAUCUAAAGGAUAACUGUGGUUUACCGGAACAGAUUGUUACCACCACUGAAGCACCUCCUAUAAAAGCAGCAAAACCAAAACUUAGAGAUUUUUCGGAUGAAUGUUACAUUGAACUGCCAGAUUUUGUUCUCGAAGGCACUGCGUUAGCUGUUGAGGCUAACGUUUCGGUAAACCAAUGUAAAUGCUAUUGUGCAGAUUCCCAAAAUCGUUACGGUGAAAUAUGCCGUAGUGUUGAAUACUACUUCGACUCUCAGACCUGUUUGUUGAAUAUUGAGAAUAGGUCAGUAAGCCACUUUUGGAUUUUUGCUAACUUUGUUAAUUCCGAAUUGAUUUACCCACCAAGGGCUCAUUAUAAAGAAGGAUUGGAGAAUUAUGAUCAUGCUGCUCUUACCAAUUAUAGAAUGUCAAGACUAUUCAAAAAUAAAAUUAAAAAUAUGAAAUGUAAAAAUGACAUAAUUAUAUUUACAUCCAAAAAUACGACCACAACGACGACUGGAACGACAACAACAACCACCCCAGAACCAACAACAACGUACAGUCCAGUUGGUCGAUGCACAUAUUCUGUUCUCUAUCAAACCUUUUUCAAGGGCUCAAAAAUGAUAAAACGAUUUUUGGUGAACAGGUACAACUUGUUGUCUACAUACCUUAGACAAGAUGCAUUAAUAGACUAUCGAACAUCAAAUAUUCUUGGAUACGAUAGUACGUCAGCAUAUUUCUAUGGUCUUUCCUGUGAUCCCUCAUAA